AUGGUCAAAGACUGGAUUAACAUCCAUAAACCUCUUUUUGAAGCGUUUUUGGAAACGCAUAUCCAUAGUAGUAAUGCAGCCAGAAUAAAUGAUGCUAUACUGGUAGUUUGGAAGUCUUUUGGGAACUACGGGCAUCACAGUUCUGGUCAGAUAAUUGUUGUUUGGGACCCUUCGGUCUCUGUAUUUAUCUACAAGGCUACAGAGCAAGCUGUUACAUAUGGAGUUCACAUUUUGUCGGAGAACAUAAAUCUUACUGUCACGUUUGUGUACGGGUUCAACGUUGUUGGAGAGAGGCAGGCGUUGUGGAAUGAACUAGUUGAGAUAAGUGAUACCCCAGCGUUGCAGAAUUCUACUUGGACCGUCCUUGGAGACUUUAAUAAGAUUUUACGCUUGGCUCACCAUUCGGGUUAUCCGUCUCAUGUGGUUGAUUCAAGUGGUAUGCAGGAGGCUAAUGAGGCUUUGCAAGAUGCGGGAUUGUUUGAGGCUCAAGCAAAAGGAACACCUUUCACGUGGUCGAAUAAUAAUGACCAGGACCCAAUCUCCAAGAGAAUUGAUCACACUCUCGUAAACCAAAUUUGGGCAGAUCAUUUUCGUGAUUCAUAUGCAGAUUUACUCGAGCCGGGGCAAUCUGAUCAUUCGCCGUGCAUAGUCAAGGUUCCAUCAUUGAGGCGACAAAGCAGGAAGCCUUUUAAGUUCUAUCACCAUAUCAUCGAUCACCCUGACUACAACUCUGCUGUUACUGCUGCCUGGAACCCGGGAUCAAUCACAGGCUCUGCCCAAUUCAAACUGGUCAGGACGAUGAAAAUGCUUAAAAAAGAUCUAAGAGGAAUCAACAAGCGGCACUUCAGUGGUAUUAGUGAAAGGGUGAAGGGGCAAUCUGCUAAGGGUAUCUUAGGGGAAACUGAUAUGCCAUUGUCUCCUUCCAGUGUAGAGUCCUUGAAAGAUUUGCUUCUCUUCAGAUGUUCGGAGUUGUCGAGAGCGUAUCUGAAAAGGGAGGUUCUUUCAGCAGAGAUCAAGGGAACAAUAUUUGCAAUGCCUCUGAGCAAGAGCCCUGGUCCGGAUGUGUACUCAGUAGAGUUUCUGAGGGCGUCAUGGGACACUGUUGGGGAGGACAUAAUAGUUGCAGUCGCUGAGUUCUUUCGGAAUGGGCGCUUAUUAAAAGACCUGAACACAACAACCAUCGUACUCAUUCCAAAAACUAGCGCUGCGUGUAGGCUUGGGGAUUUUAGGCUGAUUAGCUGUUGUAAUCUGGUUUAUAAAGUCAUCACAAAGAUUAUAGUGAACCGCCUAAAGUCGAUUCUUCAGUCGAGCAUUAGUAGAAAUCAGGCUGCUUUCCUAAAGGGUCAAAGUUUAGGAGAGAAUGGUCUCCUCGCGUCUGACCUGAUAAGGAACUAUAGAUCUUCCUCAUGCCCAAGAAGAUGUAUGCUUAAGGUGGACAUAAAAAAGGCGUUCGAUACCAUUUCUUGGGACUUUAUAAUUAAACUGCUUGAUGCACAGGAUUUACCACCUUUGUUUGUCACUUGGAUUCGGGAAUGCAUUACUUCCCCUCGCUUUUCAGUGGCCAUCAAUGGAGAGUUAGCUGGAUUCUUCCUGGGCAUGAAGAGGCCUCGUCAGGGCGAUUUUAUCUCACCUUAUUUGUUCAUUAUGGCGAUGGAAGCGCUAUCUAAAUUACUAGAUCAGGCUGUGGAGGCAGGCGGCCUUAGAUUACAUCCAAGCUGUCAAGAGCCAAGAGUUACUCAUCUCUUAUUUGCAGACGAUCUGUUGGUGUUUUUAGAUGGCUCUAGGCAUUCCAUUACUAGCAUUAAAAAGGUCUUGACAACAUUUAAAGAGUGGACGGGUCUGGAUAUGAAUGUAGCAAAAUCAGAGAUCUUCUUUGGGGGUUUUUCUGAGAUUGAAGCAUCAGUUAUUGCUGAUAUAUCUAGAUUUCGAAUUGGAAGUUUUCCUACUAGGUACUUGGGUCUGUCUCUUAACCCGAGUAGGAUAAGCUACGCUACCCUGCAGCCUUUUCUGGAGAGGAUUAAUUGUUGGACGGUUAAGACCCUUUCAUUUGCAGGAAAAGUCACCCUUGUAGCCUCUGUCAUACAUGGCAUGGUCAACUUCUGGAGCUCGGGUCCUUAUGGGUGGCCUGGCUGCAUUCAAAUGUCUUCAGAAGGAAGUGUUACUGACCACAACUGA